AUGGCGAGGAAAAAGGUUAUGCUCGGGUGGAUCGCCCACGACGCCACGCGCCGCGCCACCUUCAAGAAGUGGAAGCGGAGUCUACUCAAGAAGGUGAGCGAGCUCGCCACCCUCUGUAGCAUCGACGCCUGCGCCGUCGUUUACGGACCAGAGGAGGAGGCGCCGGAGGUGUGGCCUUCGCCUGCGGAGACGACGCGCGUGGCGGCGCGAUUCAGGGCGAUGCCGGAAUCGGAUCAGAGUCGCAAGAAGACGGACCAGGAAGGGUUCCUCCGCCAGCGGGCGGCCAAGCUGCGGGAGCAGCUCAGCCGGCAGGAUCGCGGUAACAGGGAGCUGGAGGCCAGCCUGCUCAGCAGGCCGCGGAGCUCGUGCGGUUGGCGGAGAUGA